AUGUAUCAGUUGGAGCAGAAGCGGAUAGAGCAGGAGAAACGCCGCAGAGAGCGUCAGGUUACACGACCCGUUACACCGAUUAAAAAGCCUGACAACAAGCAAGCGAAUCUCAGACAGCGCCGCCUGCACGUUUGGGUGGUGGUUGGAGUCCAAUUUGUUUUAACAGUAUGGGCUUCCAUGGGGGGAUGGAUCGACUCUGGUUACGUGUACAUGAACUCUAUUAUCUUGAUCACAGGCCUUAUGGCAAUUAUGAUGCCCGAAUCGCCAGAGAGUGUAUUUAUGAUGUUAAUAUUUGAGAUCCUCAGCAUCUUAAUGGAUAUAAUCUUCCUGGGCAUUUACUUUCCUCGGAUACACUGUGUUGAAGUGAACUGCUCUACAAUGAGAUUUGGAGCUGGUAUGUGCAUAUUGAAUCUUCUGCUAAAACCAGUUGCUAUAUACCUGCUCUUCCGAGAGUACAACAGACGGGGCGGGGACUACGGCGACCUCAACUUCCCCAACCCGACCGUGAGGGGGUACGAGAACAUCGACCAGUCCCUCCCGACGAACAACCAAGUAGAGGAGGCCCAUCCCCCGGCGUCCAUCGAUAAACCUUACACCCCUCUUCCGCAAUAGACCAGUCCAGCCAUAGGUAUUUGGGAAUAGAUGCAGGGUGAUUAGUCUGCAGGCACAGACCUUUGGUUUUUUCGCAAUUUGCAUAGUGCAUAUAAAUGCAGGGUCUGAAGUAGGAAGACUAGAUUCACUCCUGUACAUUGACCGACAGAGAGUUUGGAGUCUCGUCUUCGCUCUUGACAACGUAAUGUAUAAUCUAUUAGAGUGUCAAAUUUGAGUCUGGGCUUGCAGACUACUGGGUGAUUGGGGUCAGCAGUGGUGUGAGCUUCAUUGAUCUUAUAGUAGCCGAUGUGUCGCUAGGUGGGGCAAAGGAUAUUUUUCAUGUUGGGUAUGUCUUGGUUCUGGUGCAUCCUUGUUUCCUGUCUGUGACCUGCCCAUGUUUUAUAAAAGUAUAUGAGUCCUUCUGAUAGGGGACUACCUGGGCCCUGUCGUACAAAGAGUUGCGAUUGAUCUGAUCAAUCACAACUAUGGAAAGUCAGCAAAGUCAACAUAUGAAAUGCAUGUUUGCUCAAAAAAAAUUCUAGAUAUGAAUGUAUAUCCAUAAAGUCAUUGAUUUCUUGACAAUUUGGUGUGUUCUCCUUCGUUUACAAAGGACAUUUUGCAAAUUUCCUGUAGAAAAAAUUAUGACACUGAUGGAUUUCCGUAGAGUUACGAUUGAUUGGAUCAAUCGUAACUCUUUGGAAGAUGGGGCCCUGAUAUUGCAACGGCUCUUCUUAGAUUAUGACUUUGAUUAAAAACAUGCUUACUUUCCAUUUGUAAUGCAAUGAAUGUUCCACAUCACAGUCUAUGCUAGGAGCGUACCACUUUGCUGUGUUCCUUUACGACACAACUCUUGAGAUGCUGAUACUAUAUAGAUUUUUUUAAGGGAAGUGUAGGUCUUGAAUAAAGUAAAUUUAGUGUUUUAACUAUGAAAUAAUAUACAGAUAUUGCCUUUCUAGAGUUUGAAUGUAACAUUUCCACUCCCCGACGGAGUUAUAUUUUUCCCAAGGUAUUAUAUUUUUGAUCGAAGUGCGCAGCGCUGAGGGAAAAUAUUCUCCCGAGGGAAAAAUAUAGCUUCGGAGGGGAAUUGAAAUGUUAUUUAUUAAAACGAUAGACCAGGCAAUAUCUGUUAUAUUUUAUACAGUCUUUGUGGAUUCGCCAUCAGAGAUUGCAUUCAUCAUUCUGGCUCGAACCUGAAAUUCUUGCUACAGCUAUGAUCCAUCUACGUCAUAAUAGAAUUUCCUUUGAAAAUACAUCAAGCGCGUUCUUAAUGCAAUCGACGCGUUAACAGUAGCGCGUACAUCAAAUAAACUACCUGAUUACGCAACUUGUAAGCAGCGAGUGACGUCACCUUAGUGAAUAUAACGCGGCAAUUGACAACACAACACAGUUAUAUUUACCGAGGUGACAUCAAAACCCAGAAUAUAACAAAUGUGAUCCUCGCAGCUAUGGUCACGUGAUGGCGUAUUGACCUAUCACUGAUUCGAAUCUACAUAACCUAUGUAAUAUAGCCAAUUAUAAACUUGUACCAGUAUUGGUGGGAAGUUUGUAAAAACUACAUGUACCGAUUAGGUGUUUGGGAGUUGAGGAUUAUUUUCUUAUGUAUAUUUAUACUGAGUAUGUUCUGAAAUUAGAGUAGAUGCUAAGAAGGUCAACAACAUUUUUUUCUUCACUACCUACUACUUAUCCCCCUUUUUUCUUCGCUACUUACUUAUCCCCCUUUAUAAAUGUUUACAAAGCUGCUGCCAAACUCUUCCAUUGAUACCAUUCUUUGCAACGUGCAUAGAGAUUCCUUAUUAGAGUCAGAAACAUUUCCAAGUUCUGAAUCUUGGCCAAAAAUGCCACUUUGCAGAUUUUUUUUUAGAUAGAUAAAAGUCAUUUUAUGUAACUUAAUUUUAUUCAAUUACAACUCUUAAUGAGGUGGAGACCUGGUUGGGAUGGUAUUUUGCAAUAUGCAUUGUGGCAUGCUAAUGCUUUACCAAACAUUAUCUUGUUGUAGACUAUAGAGGGCAGUAUUUCACCAUGCAGCUCCAGCGAAAUGAAAUGUUAUUUCUGUGUUCCAGAGUGGUAUGUCAAGAGAGUAAUGCCAGAAAAAAAUAUUUCAGAUUGGCUAUUUAUUUCAUGGAGAGUCUAAUACUUCCAUUGGUAUUGUGUAGAGGAGCCAACGUUGCCAUUUUAUAAAUAUACACCUUGUUGAGUCGUUGUAUAUGUAAGCAGGAAAUAAUUUUGCUUUUUUUUUGGUCAUAAGAGAAAAGCUCUCAAAUAAGUAAUGACAGUCCUAUGUAAAAAUAUGCUAUACAAAAGACUUUAUGCAUAGCAGUCUUUCAAAAUUGUGGAGCAAAUUGCGAUGCGAUACCAGGAAAAUUAUUCCCUGGUAAGGCACUAAUACAUGUGCUACCACAAUCUUCAUAAAUACACUUAUGCCAUGAACAUCAUCUUAAUGUUACACAGGGUCUGUAUGCAAUGGGCGGUUUUGAAAGUAUUGGCCAAAAAUAAUAUAAGAAUUUGUCGAGAAAAAUAAUUAAUAAUCCAGUUGGUGUUUCAUAUAGCUGUUUGUAAGUUAUGCAAUCUGUCAAUCCUUUUGUUAUAUACAAUUAAGCUUACCAUUUGCAUUCUGACAAUCAAGAAAAGUCUGACAGCAAUUAAAUGAAUUCACUCAAACUGGAGAUGACUUCACUGACACCCAACACUUGUUUGGGAAGAAUUUGACAUACUGCCCUCUAUCAUCAAGCUUGAGUUAGUGUGGUUUGCCAUUUUUGGAAACGAGGUCCAUGGUCUGAUUAUGAGCAGCCCCCUCUGUCAUUCGAGAUAGUGAGGCUUAUGAAAGAAGGGUUUGAUGAAUUGAGAAAGUAUUGUCAAGUAUUUAUCUUGCUGGCCUGCUGAAAGCAAUUUUAUUUUAUUGCUGGCAGAAGUGUUACCCGUUGACUUCUAUCUUCAGUUUUAAAUGUCUGAGGACAUGAUAAUUGUUAUAUCAGAACCCGAGUUGUUACAAAGUGCUACGAUACCCUUUAAACAAAUGUGUGUCUUCUACAAUAUUGUGAAAUAACAUUAACUCAUCACCGGUGUGUUGGCUCAGUUGGUAGAGCGUCCGUCUCACAACCGGGAGGUCGGGGUUCAAACCCCGGCCGCGUCAGACCAAAAGACGUUAAAAGAUGGGAGUUGCUGCUACCCUGUUUGGCGUUCAACGUUUAAAGGGAUAGAGCCUCGUCGAUCUGGCGCUGCACAGUGGCUGCCGGGCCCACGAUCAAUUGGGCAAAGCAAAUUUUCGGAGUAUAUCAUUUCAUGUCUAUUUCGAACAAUAAAUUAUGGAUUUUCAUUUUUUUUUUCAUUUUUCAACUUCUGAAAUCUAAAACAGUUAUUUUAGCAUUAGCGAUGACACAUGUAUGGGUGUGUGCACACUAUUUGUUAAACGGGAACUGUGUGGAAAAGGAAGUCAUUACAGAAUUUCUACACUUUGUUUGCAUUGUAUGUAUCAUUAUAGCCCUGUGUAAAAAUAGCAUUUUAUGUUACUAUUUAUGGCUUCUGAAUCUGUCAAGAUUUAUGUUUGGAUUGAGGCAUUUUGUUUUUACCAUUCCAUUUAAUCUAUUUUUUGCUCAUUUUUGUGUCUUUUAACCUUUGCUGAAUUUCAAAAAUCGAUUGCACUUGUAACAUUUAAAAAGAGAUCUUUACUUUCUAUUUGUUUGUUAUUCUAGCCAGUGUAUAAGUUAUAUAUUUAGGUUUUAUUUGUUUUCAUACUGCAUGUGUUAAGGUAGUUUUUUUAGUCAGAUGUGCUUUUAAUCUUCUAGAUUACUAAACAUACCAAGUACACGUCUACUUAUUUUCAGAUAUUUAGGACCGAGUUAUAUAACCAUUGAUCAUCCAAAAAAGUGUUGUUAGAGGCCAAAGAGGAGCUAUUUUUCUGUCGUGUUAAUUUUUUAAUCACCAGAGAUCUCAUCGGUGGUCGGCGUUUAAUCCAAGGAAGAGGGAAGUGUUCAUUAUUGUCCGUACGAAAUGAUUUGAAGGAAUUACCUGUGUUAUUAAAGCAUACAUAGUAAAAACGCCAAGCAUAAACAAUUUCAAAAGAGUUUAAACAAUUGUUUAAACAAGUUUUAGUUAGAGUGAUGGGCUUAAAUAGUGUGUUAUUUUUCUUCUUUUUUUACUGUGUAAUCAAAAAUCAUUUUAAGGGCCAUGUCUAUACCCCAAUAAGAAAGUUUAUUUGAAUAAAUAGUGCAAAAUAAAACUUAAGUAAAAUGUUGAAAAUUUCAUAAAAAUCAGAUGUUGAAUAAGAAAACUGAUAGUAUUUCAAUAUUUUGCUUCAUAAAACAAGGCUUUAUUUGUGCAACAUAGGCUAUAUGCAAAUGACGGAUUGAUGAGGUCACACACUCACUUUUACUUGUGUAUAUAAAAGAAAUAUGAACUGGGGGGUGUUUCACAAAGAUUUAAGUAUGACCUAGAGUCGCACUUAAAUGCAUAGUUGUGUGCGGUAUAAAAGGCAUGACCGCAUUGGUCAGAUCAUGACAAAUGGACGUGCACUACGGCGUAUUGAUCAAUAAGAUCGCGUGUUGCAUAUGUCCGCGUCAGCAUUUAAGUGGGACUUAAGUCAUACUUAAAUCUUUGUGAAACACCUCCCAGGUGAUUUACAGCACUAUCCAAUAUCAGUAGUCAUUGCAUGCAAAAGCACCUUUUGAAUAAUUAUGCUGUAAGUUCAAGUAUAGCCUGCUUGCAUUUCAAUCUUAUGGAGGUAAAAAGAGAUCUGUUUGGAAUGAAUUGUAGAAUUUAAUGUUUAAUCAUUUAGUUUUCAGAUUGAAAUUAAUUUCCAGUCCUACUUUUGCUUUGGUACCUAUUUUGUAGUAGCGUACCAUGUAUUAAGAGGGUAGAUAUAGCAAUUUCACUUGAACACAUAAAUUGUUUCUGUCAUGUUUUUUUGUAUUUGUCUUUCAUUAAUUAAAGUGGUUUUUGUAGUUCACUAGCCAGCAAAAUUCAUGAAAUUUACGAAAGUGCAAUAUUCAAUAAGAUGAUCAUAAAGCAUUGAUUGAGUUCCAAAGUGGAUAUCUGAACACUACCUUUAAAUUCAUUUUGUUAUGUUUUGAUUAAUUAAAAGACAUUAUCAUUAUGUGUGCAGAAUUUAAAAUUUCUUUAAUGUAGAUGACAUUCUAUUAAAGCUCUUAAUUUUAUUUUUGUGUUUUUAGCUGAAGAUAGUUAACAUAAUAAACAUUUUAAACAAAUGGUGGGUUCCUCAGUGAGGCUGCAAAGUCAAUUGUCACGUGGGUUGAUUGAAUACCAAUAUAAUGAGAUUAGAAAUUUCAGGAUUUUUUUCUUUAGACAAUGCUAAAACACAGACGACUAACAGUAGACAAUAAUUCAAACUUGUGUAAAUAUCAUUCUUUAAAUAAUCCAACAUAUUUAUUUUGCACAUAUAAUAGGAAAAUAAUUUUUUUAUGGUCCUGCACAUUCGCAUUAUGAAGUGUACAAAAAAUAUGCAAGUCAGCUUGUAGUAUAGAAAAAAAAGAUGAUAUGCCAAUAUUUUCUGUAUAUCUGGCAGAGGCAUCAAGUUUAAUCUAUAUCUCUACCAAAUGAAUAGGUUUUCUCUUGAGGGAAGCUUGGUACAAAUGCUGGAAAAAAAUCGUGAGGUGUUCAUCACCUCCUACCAUGAAGUGAUAAGGUUGAAAUGGUUAUGUGCAAUCUUUUUGUAACUGUAAUGUGGCGUGCCAGUGAUCCCGUCAAAAACAGCUCUGCAAUCCAUGUUUUAGCGUUGAUAUCUUAUUGUAUAUUUACAUUUGAAAGGGUUUGAAUGUUUUAAUAAACAUUCUUAUGAAGCGUUCUUACAGAUAACUUAUGAGAGUGCUAUAUGCAACAAAAAUAUAUCAAUAUUGAAUAAGCUGUUAUAUAGACUUUUACAAAACAAAAGGUUAAAUUGUGAACAUAUAUGCCCUACAUGCUUUUCAAUGAUCCUGUUAAUUUAAGUAUAAUCAAGAGAAAAGGAGCUGUUCAUUAUGUAAAUUGCAGAACUGAUUUUGAAGGUUUUCAAAUUAUUUUUAAUAUUCAUUGUAUUCUUUUUAAUUCCAUGAGUUUCCAGCUUCGAUUUUGUUUUCGAUUCAUUCUUUUUUGCAUUCCUUCUAGCCUUCUGUCAUGUAUGUUACCUGGGUUGUGUGAAAAUGAAUUUUAUU